CCAGCUCACAAGCUCCUACACAAGAGACGCAGACACCUCACCAAACAUCUUGAUUUCCUUUUCAUUCCCCUCUUUUUUUUUUUUUUCCUAUAAACUUCCCACUGCAACUCCUCUUUCCUUUUCUCUCUCAACCCACAAACCACAACAAAAUAAUGGACUACGGAAGGCUCGCUCCAUCCGAUCCUCCUGCCCCAACCCCACCCCAACCCAAACCCAACCCAACCAGACCUUUCAAGUUCCUUCUCGUGGCCAUCGCAGCACUUAUCUUCCUCUCCGUCUCUGCCAUCCUCAUCGGCGUUCUCGUCCGCACCAAAGCCAACCACUCCGACCCCAACUCCAACCUCAACCGUUCUCCAACCCAAGCAAUCUCUCGAACUUGCGAGCUCACUCGCUACCCAACUCUAUGCGUGAGCUCACUCCUCGACUUCCCCGGCGCGCUCCAGGCCGGUGAACGUGACUUGGUCCACAUAACUCUAAACAUGACCUUCCAACGCGUCGCGCACGCGCUCUACGGCGCGUCAGCCAUUGCCGGCACUAACAUGGACGCUCUCUCCCGUGCCGCCUACGACGAUUGCAUGGAACUCUUGGACGCAUCUCUCGAUCAGUUGUCUCAGUCUCUGCGUGUCGUUUCACCGACCGCUGCUGCGCCUCGCUUGCGCGGCGCGUCCGAUGAGGACGUGCUCACUUGGCUUAGCGCCGCACUCACCAAUCAAGACACCUGCAAUGAAGGCUUAGAUGUGGUCACUAACAAGUCUAAUGUGAAGGAUCAGAUGCAGGGUUACUUGAGAGAUGUUGCUGAAUUAGUUAGUAAUUGUCUUGCUAUAUUUUCAGUGGCUAGUAGGAAUCAAGAUUUCUCUGGCAUUCCUAUUCAGAAUAAGCGAAGGCUGAUGGGUGCUCAGACUGAUCAGGAGGAGUUCUUUCCUGAAUGGGUGAAGGCUGGAGAUAGAGUUUUGCUUCAGGUGCCUGCUAGCAGUAUUACUGCUGAUUUUGUUGUGUCUAAGGAUGGGAAUGGGACUUAUAAGUCUAUUGCUGAUGCUGUUAAGGCUGCUCCAGAGUAUAGUACUCGCAGGAUUGUUGUCUACGUCAAGGCUGGCACUUACUUUGAGAACAUCAAGGUUGGGAGGAAAAAGACUAAUAUUAUGUUCAUUGGUGAUGGAAAAGGCAAAACCAUUGUUUCUGGUUCUCGCAGUGUUGCUCAACUCUACACUACUUUUCACACCGCAACAUUUGCUUCAACUGGGGCAGGAUUCAUAAUGAGAGACAUGACGAUACAAAACACAGCAGGGCCGGGGGAACACCAGGCGGUGGCGCUCCGUGUCGGAGCAGACCAUGCUGUUGUUUACCACUGCAACAUCAUCGGUUAUCAGGACACACUUUACGUCCAUUCACAGCGUCAAUUUUUCCGGGAAUGUGAUAUAUACGGUACCGUAGAUUUCAUCUGCGGUAACGCUGCAGUUGUGCUGCAAAACUGCAGCCUUUGGGCAAGAAAACCAAUGCAAAUGCAAAAGAACACGAUCACCGCACAAAACCGGAAAGAUCCAAACCAAAACACCGGCAUUUCAAUCCAUGCUUGUCGGAUAGUGGCAACUAGUGAUCUAGCAGCAGAACGUGGGAACUACCCUACUUAUCUUGGUCGUCCUUGGAAACUUUAUUCAAGAACCGUGUACAUGAUGUCCUACAUUGGAGACCAUGUUCACCCGGCCGGUUGGUUGGAAUGGAACUCUACCUUUGCUUUGAAUACACUUUACUACGGUGAAUACAUGAACUACGGCCCUGGUGCCGCCGUGGGGAAACGGGUCACUUGGCCUGGUUACCGAGUCAUCACUGUGGCUGCUGAAGCUAUGAAAUUUACUGUGGGACAGUUUAUUUCAGGCUCUUCUUGGCUGCCACCUACCGGGGUGUCUUUCUUGGCUGGUUUGUCACUUUGAUUUCUAUGGUACAGUGGAAGCUUUUGGUAGCAUUUGUCCCUCUCUAACAAUUUGGAACAUUUAGGGGUGGGACUUUGAUUAUAUUCAUAUGAGCUGUGUCGGUAGAAGCGUGUGGGGUAGGAAAUGAAGGACAUGUGUCAAGUUUGUGGUCACAAGCCCUGGUGGUACCCAUUCAAUAAGAAAGGCUCCUUUAUGUGACUUUGGUGCAUCAUUUAAUGGUCCUACUUCUUAAUUUACUGUUGACACUUAUCAUGAAUUUCUCUUCUUUAUUGUCAUGAUCUCAAGUGCCAUUUGCUGAUUAAAAAACCUAGAUUUUUAGUUGAUUUUUGAUAGGAUAAAGCCAGCCCACUCAGACUUAUUUUAUAGAGAAAUUUAAAAGUCGAGGGCUAUAGAAUUUGGUUCAUGAGAUGAUAUUUUAUUUAAUCUAAUUUAUGUUGUAAGAAUGACGCAUUUA